AUGGGAAUCCAUGGCCUGGCCAAGCUUAUUGCUGACGUGGCUCCCGGCGCCAUCCGGGAGAAUGACAUCAAGUCUUACUUCGGCCGGAAGGUCGCUAUAGAUGCCUCCAUGAGCAUCUACCAGUUCCUGAUCGCCGUGCGGCAGGGAGCUGAAGUCCUUCAAAACGAGGAGGGCGAGACCACGAGCCACCUGAUGGGCAUGUUCUACCGGACCGUCCGCAUGGUGGAGAACGGCAUCAAGCCGGUUUACGUCUUUGAUGGCAAGCCCCCGCAGCUGAAAUCGGGGGAACUGGCAAAGCGGACUGAGCGCCGGGCUGAGGCCGAGAAACACCUGCAGGAGGCUCAGGAGGCCGGAGAGGAGAACAACAUUGAGAAGUACAGCAAGAGGCUGGUCAAGGUGACCCAGCAGCACACUGACGAGUGCAAGAAGUUACUAAUGCUGAUGGGCAUCCCCUACGUGGAGGCGCCGGGGGAGGCCGAAGCCAGCUGCGCUACCUUGGUGAAGGCUGGGAAGGUCUAUGCAGCUGCCACGGAAGAUAUGGACUGCCUGACCUUCGGCAGUCCCGUACUGAUGCGGCAUCUUACUGCCAGCGAGACGAAGAAGCUGCCCAUCCAGGAGUUUCACCUGAACCGUAUUCUGCAGGAUCUAGACCUGACCUGGGAACAGUUUGUGGAUCUGUGUAUCCUCCUGGGCUGCGACUACUGCGAGAGCAUCCGCGGCAUCGGGCCCAAGCGUGCCAUCGAGCUCAUCAAGGAGCACAAAACCAUCGAGAAGAUCAUUCAGCAGAUAGACACCAAGAAGUACCCUCUGCCUGAGAACUGGUUGCACAAAGAGGCCCAGAAGCUCUUUCUAGAGCCUGAUGUGGUCAACCCCGACGCUCUUGAGCUGAAGUGGACCGAGCCGAACGAAGAGCAGCUUGUCCAGUUCAUGUGCGGGGAGAAGCAGUUCAACGAAGAGCGGAUCCGCAACGGGGUCAAGAGGCUGAGCAAAAGCCGGCAGGGCAGCACGCAGGGCCGGCUGGACGACUUCUUCAAGGUGACGGGCUCCAUCACGUCGGCCAAGCGCAAAGAGCCGGAGGCCAAGGGGUCGGCAAAGAAGAAAGCCAAGACCAACAACGCUGCAGCUGCAAAGACCAAAAAGGGAAAGUAGCCAGCCUGGCUGACCACAGCCCCCUGCGAUUGCGUGGGUUUUAUGCUCAACCAGGAAUUUUAGGCUAAUAACAAACGGUUGUUUUUCUGUCCUGCAUGUUAGUGCUAGGAAGGAUGCUGCUAAAGCGCUUCCCAACAAGGCUAGGUUAGUGAAUCAGAUAAGCAUCUUCCUGCGCAGCAGUAGCAAUGUGUGAGGCUAGGAGAGAAGAGAGCUGAAACAACCACAGCGGGGAGGGGGUUGGAGGGGCGAGGAAGGGACCGGGGCGUUGCGUUCAGCAGUUCAACGGCGGUGUUCAUCGGUUUGAGACUUUUGAUGAGGAGGCCGCAGGGACCGGAGGCGAUACCUAAGCUGCAGAGUUAAAGGGAGGCGCUGAUCACAAACACCCUCUCUGAUUUAAGAAACAAAAAGUUGAACGGCUAGAGAGCGAACUGGGAACAAACGAUAGAGAGAUUUCUGCCUGAUUCAAUCCAUCCAAAAAGAGGUAGGUUCAAGCAGCGGAGGCUGAAGGAGAAGCUGGGGAGAUGCGAACAGAAGGCAAGCUGGAGUUGGGAAGGAGGCUUGAAAUAAUGAGGUAAAGGUCUCCAUUUAAUGAGGAUUGGGUAUAGGUUCUUCCUUCCCUUAUUGUAGUCACUUUUCGUUGUUUAAAACAAAAAAAAAAAAGUUGUAAUCCUGAUUCCAGCAAAGUUCUACCCUGCUCUUAGUGCAUGAACCAAGGACCAGCUGAGCUGAGACUGCAGCUCUCCAAGCCUGGAUUUUACUGCUAGGUUGUGUCUUAUGUUUAAAAAGAAAAAGGUCAAUAAACCUAGAAUGGAAGCCUGUUCGCUCCCCGAUUUCACGAGGCAUCCUUCCACGUUGUACACACAGAGACAGGUCCCGGACUAAGAAGAAAAAAAGAUAGUGCCUCUUCUUUUCUUAUUUUAUUCUGUAUUUUGCAUAGUCUCUUCCCCUUACUUGUCAAAGCAAUGUGCUGGGUUUUGUUUUCAGAAUAAAAUUUAUAC